AUGAAGGCUGUCCUUAUUCUGGGGCUUCUCCUCCUUUCUGUCGCUGUCCAGGGCAAGAUCUUUGAGAGGUGUGAGCUUGCCAGAACUUUGAAAAGACUUGGAUUGGAUGGCUACAGGGGAGUCAGCCUGGCAAACUGGAUGUGUUUGGCCAAAUGGGAAAGCAGUUAUAACACACGAGCUACAAACUACAAUCCUGGAAGCCGAAGCACUGAUUAUGGGAUAUUUCAAAUCAAUAGCCGCUACUGGUGUAAUGAUGGCAAAACCCCAAGAGCAUUUAACUCCUGUAACGUGCCCUGCAGUGCGUUGCUGAAAGAUGACAUCACUGAAGCUGUAACAUGUGCAAAGAGGGUUGUCCGUGAUCCACAAGGCAUUAGAGCAUGGGUGGCAUGGAGAAAUCACUGUCAAAACCGAGAUCUCAGGGAAUAUGUUCAGGGUUGCAGAGUGUAA